AAGUACAGUUUGAAAAAAGAUUUACAUUGUUAAAUUCCCUUUCCAUAUCCUUUCUACGUAAAUAUGUACGUUUCUAGGGAAAUUUAAUUCCUAGCAGUAGAUGUUGCAGUGAUUGCUAACGCCAUCUUAAAACAUCUAGGGGCUUUAGUCUUAGCUGCAAGUAUAGUUGGUGCAAUGCAAAAAUAGUUGAAUGGUAGCCAUGUGCAGCUAUAUGUAUAGCAAUAAGUGAAGUUGAUCUCAUAAAUAAUAGUUUAAUAGUGCAAGGUAUUUUUUAAGUAACAAAGAUGAAUCCUAAUAARUUCACAUUAUCAAAGAGUAUUUUAGAAAUGAAGUUUAUGAAGAGGACAAAAGACAAAGUUGAAAAACAGAUGAUAGAGAAAGAAGGAGAAGAUUACUUUGGUGGUCAAUUUUCAGUUAAAAUGAGCAGUAAAUCUGAUCAGUUUAUUAUUGAACCUAGUUUUGUGAUUUGUGAAGGAUUGAUUGAAGGUAGACUAAGUUUCAAAGGUAUGAAUCCUGAAUUAGAAAAAUUAUUAGAAAUGGAAGAAAUUAAUAAACAGAUGGAAUUGGAGAAAAAACAAGAAACAGAUGUAACGGAUGAACAAAUGGCAGAUAAAUGGUUAUCGCUUAGAAAGGGAAAAAGAAGCUUUAAAAGGCUGAAACAACAGAAAGUUAAUAAUAAUGAUCAAAAUCCGAGGAAAAAAAGAAAAUUUUUAAAACCUGUUGAUUAACCUUUUUUUUAGAAAUUAAUAAAUAUUUUAUUCUCUUUGUUUACAUGGUCAUUGGUUUCACGAAAACAAUGCAUAAAUAGAUCCAUGAAAAGCCAUUUAAAAUAAGAAUCUAUUCUAAAUUUUCAAAUAUGUAUUUAACUUUUACUUAGAUAGAAAAAUAAGUAUACGUAAUAACAAAAUAAAUUAUACCAUAGAAUUUCUGAAUUUGUAUUCUUUUUACAUAACUCAUUUAUUGUGACAUAUGAAGUUUGGUUCAUUAAACUCAGUGCAUUUCAAGUGCAUUAAAGUGUAUCUGCAUAAAUAUAGACCAUCUAAAUGAAGGGAUUACUGAAUAUGUAGAUUAAGUAAAAUACAUAUUUAAAUAACUAAAUUUUAUUGUAUUAUACCAAAGUUACUGUAAAUAUGUAUAAAUGUAUAAAAUAAGUAUGAGGGAUAGGGUAAAGAAAGCAGGGGCAGUAAUGAGGCAAGUAUGGGGAUUAGGGUGAAGAAUAUUUAGCAAGAAUUGGGGGAGGAAGAUGUGGCUUUCCGACACGCUGGUGUGGACGGUGUUAAGUUACGGAGCGGAAAUAUGGAGGUGGGAGGAGAGGAAAGAGAUCGAGAGGGUACAGGAAAGGUAUAUGAGAUGGACACUGGGAGUAGAUUAGAGGACAUCAGGGUACAUGAUAAGAGAAGAAGGAAAAAGAGAUAAACUGGGAACAAGAACAGCGAAGAGAGCUUGGAAGUAUGAGGAGAAGCUAAGGAGAGGAGAAGGAAGUGAGCUGGCGAGAGAAUGCUGAAAGGAGGCGCGGGAGAGAGAAAAGGGGGGGAGAAGUGGAGAUUUCAAAAUGGGAAGAAGGGAGGAAAAGGUUUAAAAAAAGGAUAGUGCAGGACAGGGAGGAGGUUGUUGAGAGUUGGGAAGAGAUGGAGAAGCGGGGUUGUGGGACGAGGGGAGGGGGAAAGGAGGAAAGGAGAAGCGAAGGAGAGAGUAGUGUUAAGAUAGGUUAAGGAUUUAAGUGUAAAAGGAGUGUAACCCUUUGGGGAAUCAGUAAAAUGUAUCGAUGUAUAAAAUAAGUAUGACAUAA